AUGAACCUCGAAGGCAACGGCCGAGAACCAUUGAGUGAGGUUGGACUUUCGAAGAAAAAAGAAAAGGAAAUUGAAGGCAUUGUAGGAGGAACGCAGAGGGAUUAUCUUCUUCCGAAGCAAAGAGGAAGCCUUUCUCACCUCACCAAUAUUCAUCGGUCCGGCCCCGCAGUCGAGUUCGUCCGAAUGGCCAGAGAGGUAGUUGCUAAAAGCAACCUCCUUCUGGGCCGCAAGGACCGUAACGUAAAGCCCGAAGGCAACCGACAAGACCAGCGACACGAUGAAUAUGAUGAAUGCCCAAGGGACACCACCCCCUGGGACUUGCUUUUGCGAACGGAAGGAGGUGUGCGAAGACACACGAGAAGAGUUGCCCGAAGGCGGGUUUCGACGACGCGUUGGCAUGGCGCCGGGGAGGAGAGAGAGGAGAGCGGGAGGACACUUGUUGUUGUUGUUGUUGUUGUUGUUGUUGUUGUUGUUGUUGUUGUUGUUGUUGUUGUUGUUGUUGUUGUUGUUGUUGUUGUUGUUGUUGUUGUUGCUGCUGCUGCUGUUCCUGCUGCCGAAGUCGUGGUCAAAGUUUUAAUAAAAAAAAGGGUGUGGGAGAAAGUGAAUUUAAGUAAAUUACAAAGUAGCAAACUCGCUUAG